AUGCGGUUGUUUUCAUAUCUGACUGCUGGCGCUUUUGAUGCAUCUGUACCCCUUGCUGUCAUCGUGGUUGAGAACGUCAGCACGUUCGCUGACCUGGCCAGAGGAGCCAGAGGGUUCUCGGCUGCACAUGCGUGUGAUCACAACCGCUGCCCUGGAGCAAGGGAGUGGAGCAGCGCAUGUGCUGCAGUCCAGGAGUGUUCGGACUGCCCGCAGUGCAGGCACACCUGGCAGGGAUCUUCGGCCGCAACACGAGCUGCGGAGCCGACGACCACGACGAACACAGCGACGUUCAGCUCAGCGCUGGUGUUCUCGUUGCUGAACUUUGGCCAGGUUUGCGCAGACGUCGGGACGCUGGACGUGACUGAAGAGACCAUGUGCAGUGGGACGGCGCUUCAGAGUUUCGGCCUGGAAGACAAAACGUUUUGGUCUGUUCCUGGUUUGGGGUUCAAUGGUUGCGCCUACAACACCGAGAGUGAUAUUGUCUUCUGGAGCAAUUCCAUCGGAUCCUUCGAAGGGAACCAAAAUUUGCGAUUCAUUUGUAUCGGGCAGACUACAACGUCCACGACCUCGACGGCCACUACCAGCAGCACCGCUACACUUACUAUGACGACAGCAUCGUCGACCAUCACGAGCGCUACCAGCAUGACCAACACUAGCAGGACCCUGACGAGCAGCAGCACGAGCAUUUCCAGCGGGACUGUGACCAGCAGCAGCACUGCAACCACCUGUCAAUGA